CAAGGACAGGUUUCUAUGUACGUUUCGUUUUGUGGUAGGGACGACAGUAAUAUCGAUACUGCUCAAGUUUUCUCAACUGACUGUGGCGAUCAACAGGGAACCAAACACAACCUCUUGUUCGAAGUUGACGAGAAUUUGGUGAGUCCACAAUGCAAUGAAACGCAUCUUUGUGAUCUCGCUUGGCUGGCUCCACUGACCGUCCAGGACGCCGAUGUUGUUGUUAGAUGUUUUCUAACAAACCCCCGAGAGAUUCAGGAAGCAAGUUUGAUCAUCCAUUCUCGUGGUUUUGGAAUGCAAGAUCAAAAAGACCUCGGAGACACCGUCACUGAUUUACCCAAUGGAGUUGUUGUGAAAGAAAAAAUAGUCAUUAACAACGUACCAUUAGAUAUGCCUUUUUGGCUGGUGAAUGGUUUUCAAAACACAGAUUACAGCUUUCUCACUGACUCUGAGUUUAAACGCUUUUCAGUUAUAAAGGUGUAUAACAUCAGUCAAUCUGGUCUGUCGAAAAUCUGUCCCGACCCGUGUUCAGAGCUUGAAAUUAGGGGAUCCUUGUUGUUACCAGACAGAGUUUUGUUAUUAACUUGUUUUGGUGUCCAAGAACUUCAGAAAGAAAUUAGCACCAAUUCAUACCAGCCGAAGAUAGCUUUUCGUCAUUGCAUUCGUAAGCUAAUUGGACCACCACAAGCUUUUCCAGGAGCUAUCAAAGUACUAGCUAUUCGAGACUCCCCCUCCAAAGUAUAUAUCUCAGAUGUGUCAUCGGGUAUGUUGCGAUUCCAUCGGCACAAAAAUCAUUUAAGGCCAAACUCGUCAGUAAACCAAGGCCAAAGGUCUCUUUAA